GUUGACCGAAGCAAGCCGCUGGUUCGAGUCGGCCUGUACGAUGAGCAUGUGGCUCGCUGGCUGGAGUACUUCCCCCGCUCCAGCUUCCACUUCGUCAGCGGCGAGAGGCUGGUGGCGCAGCCCGAGCGAGAACUGGCCUCGCUUCAGCGCUUCCUGGGCCUCAGGCCGCCCUGGGUCGGGGCCCAGCAUCUCGUUUUCAACAGCACCAAGGGAUUCCCCUGCCUCCUUCGGGAACCUGGCGCGACGCCCCACUGUCUGGACCCCUCCAAGGGCCGCCCUCACCCCAAGAUCGAUCCCGUCCUCGAGAGGCGGCUACGUGAUUUCUACGCACCGCACAAUCAGCGCCUGUACAACAUUAUUGGCCGGGACCUGGAGUGGCCACCUUGAAGUACAGUGCCCUGUCGUUGAAUGUGUUAAUGCGUGAAGGGCGCUUGCAAUGAAGCA